AUGCCCAAGCGUCCAGAGUCCCCCGUCGCCACAGAGGCCCCAGUGCAGGCCACCAUGUCGUCGAACCCCGAUUGCCCCUGCGCCCCCAACAUGAUCCUCGCCAUCCACCCCAAGACGGCCCUUGCCAUCCACCCCAAGACGGCUCUGAGCACCCGGCGCGCCCUCGAGGACUCCAAGCUGACCAUCCCUGUCCUCCUCGAGUACCCCAAGGACGACCUGGAGUGCACGGGCUGGGAGCACUUCAUCCUGACCCCAGAACGCCCGCCCAUGGCCAGCGCACAGCAGCAGUGGCAUGGCUGGAGCUUCGUCACACCCUACCCACAGCGCCUGGAGCAAGACUCCCCCAUGCUAGGCCGGGAAUUCGAGGACCUGUGA